CGCUACUCCAAUCAGCGCAGGUGCCAAAUCAGCUGCUCCUGUUGUGGCUGGCGGCAGUAUCGACACACAAUACUUUAUUUGAUUGUAAAUCAUCCACUCUGCAGUUAAAAUAAGUAAACGUGGGCGGGGCUCUCAGCCGGCCGCCUCCUCGCCCUCCUCCACGUUGUUGGACUUGCCCAAAGUCUUGACCUUCGCCAGACAAUCCAUCAGCGUUUCCUUGACGCUUUUCUCCAGCAGCCAGCCCUCGCUCUCACACUCGGGGUUCUCCGGGUCCGCCAUGGUCUCCAGGGCCGUGCUCAGAUGUAUUACUAUCGCUAUGACAAUGCGGAAGUCAGCUGCUGCUACAAAUACCUUAUGUUCAGCUACAAUAUCAUCUUUUGGCUAGCAGGAGUGAUCUUCAUUGCCGUGGGCUUUUGGGCGUGGAGCGAAAAGGGAAUCCUUCUGGAUCUGACUCAGGUGACCCGGCUGCACGGCUUUGACCCGGUCUGGCUGGUCCUGGUGGUGGGCGCGGUCACCUUCAUCCUGGGCUUUGCGGGCUGCGUGGGCGCUCUGAGGGAGAACAUCUGCCUGCUCAAGUUUUUUUCCGGCGUGAUCGGCUUCAUCUUCGUCUUGGAGCUGGUGGCCGCCGUGCUGGCGGUGCUUUUUCAGAGUCAGCUGCGAGAGUGGCUCAACGACUUCUUCCUGGCAAACGUCAGAGCGUACCGAGACGACAUCGACCUGCAGAACCUCAUCGACUCACUGCAGAGGAUGAACCACUGCUGUGGCGCUCAGGAACCCAACGACUGGAACCUCAACGUCUACUUCAGCUGCAACAAAUCUAAUCCCAGCACAGAGAGAUGCGGCGUUCCCUUCUCCUGCUGCAUCGCCGACCCUGCAGAGUCUGUGGUGAACACUCAGUGCGGCUACGGCGUGCGAAGACUUGAGAGCACUUGGGCGGAGCACAUCUACGUGAAGGGCUGCAUGGCGGCGCUGGAGGACUGGUUACCCGGGAACCUCUACACGGUGGCCUCGGUCUUCGUCGUCAUCUCUCUGCUGCAGAUGGUGGGCAUCUACUUGGCCAAGACGCUCAUCUCUGACAUCCAGAAGGUGCGGAUCUCGUACUGAGCCCGGCGGGGAGCCGAGGGCGUCAGCCGUAUCUUCUUCCUGGGACUCACUCUGGAAUGGUCUCUCAGCUUGGCGUGGAUGCGGUUGCUAAGGCGACGGACUACCGCAACGAGGUUGCCUUAGCGCCGUAGCGCUUCUCCUCUGCAGACUUAAAAAACCUUGGUAUUUUUUGACUUUUUUUUUUUCUUCCAAAAAUGGUUACGUCACAGACUGAAGUCAUGUGACCAAGUGAUGUCUCUUAGUUCUAAAGACAGGCUGGAAGCGGCAGGGGUCAUGUGACCCAUUCUUUAGUUGUUUUUACACUGGAUUCCUUAACUUCCACUUCCUAGUCACUGAGCGUUGAAUAAAUGUGCAAGUAUUAAAAGUAUUACACAAAGUUUUUAUAUUCACAGGUUGCGUAUUAAACUUCUUUUCUAGGCA